UACAAUUUAACAUGAGUACAAUAUUUUUAUAUAAAGAUGGACAUGGGAAUGUUGUUGAUGAGAAGGGUGGCCCUGAGCCCAUGGAUUACAUUGUUGAUGAGAAUGAAUUUAUUGUUGAGAAUAUUGCUAGUCAUACAGAGUACUUGGAAACUGUAGUCCUCAAUGAAUCGUCUUUGACCUGCCCAAUGUUGUUAGAAAAGCCUAAUGAAGAUAUUGAUAUGAAGGAGGCAAGACCAAAACGAGAAUAUAUGCGUUAUACAGUCCAGGAUAAAGCUCGAUUUUUCGAUCUGAAGAUUGAAAAGUGUAUGACUGCAUCAGCUGCAGCGAAGCAACUGGGUAUUCACGUUCGAACAGCAUACAGAUGGGCUAAGCAAUAUUAUAUGUGUCCUGAUAGCGUUUUUGACAGCACUAAAAAAGUAGGUCGAAAAUGUAUCUUGAUGGAGGAUCAUAAAAUGACUGUUGUCAACUUCAUUGAUGCUAAUCCAUCUGCUUCUGUCGUUGAAGUGACCGAGCAUUUGUUGAAGCAAUUCCAUGAUCUCAAAGUUUCCCGUAACACUGUUUAUAACUUUAUGAGAAGUGAGUGCAACCUUUCGUUGAAGAAAGCAGAUUUUCACUCUAUUGAAAGAAACAGUCCAGCAAAGAUCGAUGAACGAUACAAUUGGGUUUGCAAAUGGGAAAAUACAGACAUGAAUUUCCUGACGAAUUGCGUUUUUCUUGACGAGUCUGCUUUUGACAUAAAUAUGAAACGCUCAAGAGCUUGGUCCGAAAAAGGCACUCGUGCAGUAGUAACCAGGCCUUGUACGAGAGCAAACACAACGUCUAUAUUAGGUGCCAUCUCUGCCUCAGGUUUGAUUACCAUCGGCGUAAAAAAAACCUAGACCUGCCAAGAAGAGAAAAUCUGAUGGAUAUAUAACUCAGGAACUGUAACAGGCCAUUACAUUAGUUUCUUAAAAGUGACUCUCGAUGAAAUGGAUAAACAUCCGCAUAUGAAAGGUCACUAUAUUGUUAUGGAUAAUGCACCCAUUCAUACACAUGAAAACAUAAAGAAGUAUAUUGAGUAUCGAGGUUAUAAAUGUGUGUAUCUUCCUACUUACUCUCCAGAGCUUAACCCAAUUGAACAAUUUUGGGCAGUGGCAAAGAGUAAGGUUAAAUGCCAUAGGUUUUUGCAGGAAGACACUCUAUCAAAAAGGAUUAUGGAAGCCUGCAACAGUGUAGAGAAAAGUCACUUCAAAGGUCUCGUUUCGCAUUCUUACAAGUGUUGGGAUAAAUGCCGAGACAGAGAGUCCAUGUAAUGGUCAAAACGACUCCAUCCCAU